CAUGCAAGUUUGUAGAAAGGGGCGGUACCGAUGUGCUACACUGCAAACAAGAGCGACCAGAGAACCGGAGGAUGGAGGAGCAGACGAAGCGCAGCUGUACGCGGAAGACGAUAUGAUGUUUUAGGAGCAGUGCGGGCUCGGUGAGGCUGAACUUGUCGUUUUGGCCACUUUUGGUCCUCAAAUAGAAAGAUGGCGCCGUCGGGCUCGCGAAGCGUUGACUGCUGGAGAGUUUUAUACUGGAUCCCUGUGCUGUUCAUCAGUCUGAUCGUGGCAUGGUCCUACUACGCUUAUGUAGUGCAGCUCUGCAUAGAAACUAUUGAAAACAUAGGAGAGAAAAUAGUUUACCUCCUGGUAUAUCAUGUGCUUUUCAUCAUGUUCGUGUGGACAUACUGGCAAACCAUCUUCACAAAACCUAUGAACCCACUCAAAGAGUUCCACCUGUCACAUUCUGACAAAGAGCUGUUAGAGCGUGAAGAUCGGAGAGAAUCUCAACAGGAGAUCUUGAGGAGAAUUGCUAAGGAUUUACCCAUUUACACAAGCACAAUGUCUGGAGCUAUCCGCUACUGUGAUCGCUGUCUGCUGCUGAAGCCUGAUCGAUGUCAUCAUUGCUCUGCCUGUGAUAUGUGCAUUUUAAAGAUGGAUCACCAUUGUCCGUGGGUAAACAAUUGCGUGGGCUUCGCCAACUACAAGUUUUUCAUGCUCUUCCUAGCAUAUUCUUUGUUGUAUUGCCUCUUCGUCACUGCCACAGACUUGCAGUAUUUCAUUCAGUUCUGGACAAAUGGUCUGCCUGAUACACAAGCCAAGUUUCACAUCAUGUUCCUGUUUUUCGCUGCCUCCACGUUCUCAGUGAGCCUAGCGUUUUUAUUUGCUUAUCACUGCUGGCUUGUCUGCAAGAACAGAUCUACUUUGGAGGCUUUCAGAGCUCCUACAUUCCAGCACGGACCAGACAAGAACGCCUUCAGUUUAGGAACAAGCAAGAACUUUCUCCAAGUGUUUGGAGAUGAAAAGAAAUACUGGCUGUUGCCUGUUUUUUCAAGUCUGGGCGACGGCUGUUCAUUCCCCACAUGUCUAGUGAACGCAGACCCUGAACAACCCUCCUCACCCUCUGGACGCAACCCUUCAGUCAAAAGUGCUGGAGAAUCCCAUCAGUUUCCACCUAAACCUCUGAGAGAGUCUCAGAGCCGACUGAUCAGCAACGGACAGUCAGAGGGAAGUGAAGACAGAGACACGCAAGGUACAAGCAACCCAGCCUUGACUAUUGAGAAGGAAACUUAGGAGUGUGUUAAUGAAACUGGAGUUUUGUGCUAGUGAUGUCUGUUGUCAGUGGAACAGUAAGGACGUCUCCACUGCUCUUGCACAGACUUGCAAUGACCAUCUACUCUCUACCUAAUGAAUUGUGAUCCUUCACAAAAGCUGACAGUGCAGGAUUAUGCUGUGUACUGUAAAUAAGGGGCCACUGAGUCGCUUGUCCUCCUUGCAAACUGUAUGGCUAUCUUAAUGUGCCUAAAAAAGCCCACAGAUGUGGCUGAACAUUUGGUAACAUUACCGUGGUUCCUGCAAGACCCACAUUUUUAAAAAUGUAGAAGUUUGUAUGGUAAAUGCCUUGAA